UUCUUUCGACAAUUAAAAUUACAUUAUUAUUAUAACAAUUCUAUAGUUUCAUAUAAGCAGUAAGGCGUUGUCUUGCAAUUAUAGCAGAAAUUCGCAAUAUAUUUUUCUUAUAUUUUUAAAAUAUAAUUUUCUAUUGUAAUAUAAUUGUCUUUUAAAUUAUUGCAGAAUAUAUUGAUUCGUUUUAUACAUUUCUAGGAAAAAUGCUUAACCAAUAUCACUGUAAUUCACUGUCAAGCUUUCACUCCUAGUACAACCGCGGAGAGAUCUACGUCAUUCAAUCAAACUACGUAUACUUUGGGUUUGCCGUGUACCCUCGGGGGUAGAAAUAGUAGGCGGAAACAGUCGCUCUUGCAAUAUCUCUCUCUCUCACGCCGAUAAUAUCUUUAACAAUAAGUAUCAUAAUGCUACGAGUUGGGGAGCAGACAUGGACGUCAAGAUGUUUACACUCGUUGGCGCAGUAGAUUGGCCAGCGUCUUGUGAACGAAUUCCCCAUUCAAUCCGCCUAAGCCUUCGACCGCGACGAUAGCCCUCGGGAAUUUUGUCCAGCGAGCAUAAAUAGUCGGUGAAAAAUGGGCUGAGUGCCAUUCUAGUCGAGGAAGUCGCGCACGCCAGACAUCCGUCAACAGGUGAACGCCGCAACAGCAAUGAAGAUAAUAUUGCUGGCCACAACCCUGCUAUCAAUAGCAAUGUCUGAAAAUAUUCUGAUGGGAAAUCAUCUAAAACCAAAAACGCUAUGGAUUCGUGACAAGCAAUUUUGGAAUAAGAAAAUAAAGCGAUUGUUACACGGCGAUGCUCCUUCCGAAAUAGAAGAUCUCGUGAAUUACGACGAUGACAGACAACUGCCUCGAAUUUCGGAUGCGCGGUUCAUUAGCGAAACAAACAAAGUUCCCAUAGCGGUUGUCAGACGGUCUAACAUGGCACGGUAUUCACAAGUCGACCUAUCUUCCGAUAAGCCAAAAGUCGAAAACGCCAAACCGACGAUCCUGAUCUCCAUCGGCAUACAAGAGAGAAAGAAAACAAGUGAGGAUUUACAAGACGAUUGCUCGAAAAUUGCAAAGAAAAACUAUCGCAAGUAUAAUCAACACCGGCAGAUUCAAGAACCGUUUUACGUCGAAGAGCCAAGGUGGAUUGAGAUCGAUCCCGAAUACAAGGACUCGUCGCGACAUCUAAAUGGCGAUCCUUAUAUACUAACGAGAGGAAAAAAAAUUUUUAGAAUUGAGGACUCGGAAGAAGGAGACAAGACUAUCGAGAAUUACGAGUUCAUUGAUUAUCCGAGCAAAAUGGCAUCGAUGAAAAACAGAGUCAGAAGAUCUGUCGAGAUAAAUAAAAAUUAUCAGGAUAGCACAGUUAAAGAAAACAAUGACGAAAAAGAAAUAAACCAUCACAAUUUUCUCCGAGAUAUUAAUAAAGAUACAAACAAUAUCGAUACGAUUAAAACAAAGAAUCGAGAUAAGAAGUUUUCCAGGAUCGACAAAAAAUCUGAGGAUAAAAAAACUAAUAAGAAAAAGGACGUAAGUGUUCCUCAUAAUGUCUCCAUUAAAAAAUAUAAAAAGGAUAAGCUGAAGGAUUUAGCAAAACAACCACCGCGCAAGUUUACAAAAAAGAAUCAAAUCUCGGAUGAUGUAAUAGUUACAAACUUUGUUGACCAAGAUCAGAAGAUACAGCGUGAAAAUGAUCCUAAUAAUAUUGUAAAUCACAAUAGCACAGCUAAUGAAAGUGAGAGAUUUAAUAACAAAAGUCAUUUUGCUAGUGGCACAAAUAAAAGAAAUAAAAGAUCGGCAUUAUUAAAGAAUAGAAAAUUCUCCGAAGACCCUAAAAGAUAUAAAACUUAUGAAAUCGACUGGGUGGACGUGAACUCCAAGAAAAGUGCCGAAAAGAAUGGAACAGAUGUGUUUGAGCAAAAUAAAGUUUAUAUCGACAAGCUAGACGAUUUAAGCACAUACGACGAUCCUUUUAUUUUAUCUCGCGGAAAAGAUUUGCUCGACAGCGGGAGAAACAGCUCAAAUAAAAAUGACGCAAACCACAAAUUCAUCGAAAAAUUAUGGAAAAUUAAGUAUUAUGCGCAUCGGAAAAAAUUGGAAAACGAAGAGGAAGCAAGAAACGAAAUGAAUAAAUUAGAAGCCGACAACGAUGACACAGGAACAACGGAUUCGCAGUUAACAGACAAGUUCGAUUCGAAAACCUUCGGAAUAAAGAAUUAUCCAAACAAUCGGGAAAAGCGUAAUGCUUGCGAAACUUGCAAGAUGGGUUCGCAGUUUCAAGAAGAGCUGUGGUGGAAGAAUAUUGAGAAGAAUAUUCAAGAUUCGUCUUUCGAGCGAAGGGACAAGCAUGGCGACAUUCUAGAAGGUCUACGACUCACCGAGCCUUACAUCAUUUCCCGAGGUAAAAAAGCUUUGCACGAAUUCAAAGACAGUUUCUUCCGAAUGCUGAAGCGAAACAAGAACGAUGCAAAUCACGCUAAAAUGAAGUCUCUUUUAAACAUGAUAUUAACGGAAAAAUAUAAUAAUGAUAAUUACGAUACUAAUGUGGCCGAAUUGUCAAACGACAAGAUAUCACCGAGGGAUCGACGUGGAGAGCUCGAUGAAAUUUUAGCGCCAUACGACCCGUACUACGUAGCCAGAGGAAAACGAGCCAACUUGAAUAACUUUCUGACCAAGGCGCGACUGCUGCGAAAUUAGAAGUUCGAAACAGAUGCGAAACAAUAGGCCUUAGGAGACGCGUCGUGCGAUAGAUACGAUUUCUGGCUGCAUAACGCUACAAUAAGAGAAGCAAGACACCGUACAUUGGAAAUAUCUUCCAUCAUAGUUCCACCCGCUUUGAUUGUAACGCAAACACGGCAAUUCGCGCAUCAUUUUUCAAAUAAAAUAUGUAUAUUACAACGUAUAAUGAAUUAUAAGAUAAAUUUUUUGAAAAGGAAAAUAAACUUAUUAAAAAAUUAGUUAAGCGAGCUUGCAGACACGACUUCAUUUAUAAAUGCGCAAUUUGAAAAAUAGACAUAAGAUUUAGAAAAAUUUCUGUAUAUGUAAAUGAUAUCUAUAUUCAGAUAAUUUAAUCGAAUUGAAAUGUAGUGUCUGUUAUACAUGUUGCAUGUUGCCAAAUUCAAUAGAUAAACUAAUACCAUGUAAUACGAAGGAAAGAAUGAUUUUUUAUUAUAAUAUAUUAAAGGAUUGGCAAUAAAUAUUAAAAUGUUAAAGGUUGACUAAUAUGUAGUUAUAACAAAUUUGUUUCAUACAUAUAAGAGCAAGUGUGUUAAA